AUGCCGAAUACCUUCGAGCAAGUCGAGCCUCAGCCCUUACACCAGUCCGAUUGGGAAAUAGUCUCAUCGGUGGAGGCGAGAAGGCCUCUCGAUGGCGCCGAGCUUCUCGUCAACUACGAAGAGUACCACAAUGAAGGCGACUUCCAAUUGACCUUGGCAUUUCCUUUCGAAACCAGCAUCGGCACUGAUGUACUCGAGAAGAGGUUUCCUGCCGCGAUCUGGCUAGCACGAACGACGUUGCCCGAGCUUGGCAUAAGCACGGUGAUCUCGCGACCCGGUUCCAGCCUCACUGCCCCAGCUGCCUAUUUGGACAGCGAACAUGACCUCAAUCAUGCUUCGUUCAAGGCAAUCACGAGUCUUGCCGAGGCACUCGGAUGGCUUUGUGAGACUGCGCACGUUGUCCGUGGAGCUCACUCUUUCCAUCACAUUUGCACAAUGACAUCCAACAGACGCAUCGAGCCGCCAGGAAAGCACGUUCAGAUCUAUCUGGUCUUGGACCCGAUCAACGGUCCUCCCGCUCUAGUCCUAAACGCUUCGCAUGUUCUGAAUGGGCACAGGCUGCUAUUCCAAGCACAAAACAUCCUGCAAAGCCUUUUGCAUCCAGCUUUACAUCAAGACCACCCAUCAGGCCGCGGUGUCGACUCAUAUUCUUCAACUUUAAGUGGAGACGAGCUCGUCAAAGCAGUUUUCAUGCCUGAAAAUCUCCGAAAUAUUCUCCCUCGGCUGCCUCGAAGUCUCUCGCAGGCUUAUAAAUUGCGAUUCAAGCCUGGCUCAAAUGAAUUCAUUAUUGGUGCCGACAAGCUGGCGGAACGUGUUAGAAACGAGGCUAGGCCCUCAAUCGGAAUUCCGGGCGUAAACCCCGACGUUCGAAAAUCAAAUCGGACAGCGUCCAUUACCGCGAGUUCUGAAGCUUACAAAAACCCUAAAAUGCAUAUGAUUAACAUUAGGCGUCGCUUUACUCAACAAGAGUCAGAGCGCCUACGGAAGCAGUGUAAGCGCAACAGUACCACAAUCUCAUCGUACAUCUAUGCCGCUAUUGUCGAGGCGAUUCAUCAUCAUACUUCAACGAACAAGGCAGAGUCACCCAAAGGUGCACAUCUCACCUUUCCGGCUCACGCAAGCCGAUGGCUUCCCAAAGAGACUCGCAACGAUGCGAAACCGGCGGUCAACAUGGCCAUCGCUCCAGCCUCGGUGUUUUUGAACCCAGAAGACAUUCGACCUCGUCGAGAGAUGGCGCAACACGGGCUGACCGAGUCUACUCAGGUCCAAGACAUUUUUCGGCUCGCGAGGAUCAUUGGCAUCAAGCAGAAUGAGUAUCUUGGCAGCCCACAUUUGUUGGCAUGCCUCGACACGCUUGGACAGAGUGCUGCCAAAGGUAUUCUAUCCACUGUUCAUGCCGAGCCAAGCGAGUUGAGCUCCCGCUCCUGCUUUUCCACUCCAACACUCACGUCCCAAGGCGUGUUCGACCUUGCAGCCGAGUAUCUGUCUCAAGCACCAAACAAAGAGUGGGCUUCUGCAUCGAUCUCUCGCCCGCUUCAAACGCUGAAGUUGGUCGAUGUGGUGCAAUACGGCCGGGCCACAAGCCCUUCAGUGUGCUUUUCUCUGUACAGCUUCAAUGGUACGCUCACCGUGAUGGUUCACUUUGACAAUCGUCGCUUCGACCAAGAGCUUGUCACCGCCAUCUUGGAACGCGUCUGCACGAUCAUCGUCCAGUGCUGUCACAUUGCUUCACUUUAG